UUUAAAAUAGGUCAAAUCUUGUAACUGAUCUAGAUAUACAAACAGUAAAUUGGGGGAAUUCCAGAUUCUUUACUCUUUCAACAAGUUGAAAAAUGGUGACCUUCACUAACAUAAGAACAUAUGUGGGAUGAUGAUAUUGUUUACUUUGUUUCAUUUUUGAGGUGUGGAGUUUUAGUUGUUAAUAUUUAGGACAUUUGAGGAGAUGCUAACUGACAAAGAAUAAGUGAACUGAAACCUAAAGAAGAAAUCUUCUCAGCACUGUGCACAUGUGUAAACACGUGAUAAGUAGUAAUUGAGACAAGGACGGUGGAUGAAGAGACCAAGAAAAUACAAAGAAAAAAUGGUUAAGAAGAAAGAAGUGGUGAAUUGGAUUGAAUUCUAUUAAAAGUUCAACUAAAAGAGAAAUAAAGGAUCCAUUUAGUGAAGCAGAGAUCACUUAUGAUCUAACAGUGUGCUGAUGCCGAGGAGUCAUUAGGUAGGAGUUAGAAUGCAAUGGCUUUAGAAAUGAGAAUAAAAUAUAAUAAAUAGUGAUGAAAUUCAAUGGCACUUUGAGAAUGUUUCUAAGAGUGAUAGAGAGCAAAGAUAGUACUUUUUAUUGGGAUUGAGGUCUAAUGAUGAUGACAAUUGUGUGUAAUUUUAAACUGAUGUGAAGGAUAGUACUAAGAAGAUACUGAAUAUUCAAGAAGAAAGCAGAGUGAUAAAUAGUGUGUGAUUCUUGGUCAGUGGAGAGGUAGAUUCAAAUAUAGUUGAAAUUGGCUUUAUUGAAGAGGAAAGAAAUCACCUCUGUUGAACAGGAAAGAAGAUAAGAUGCAUGCAUAUACACGGAGAAAGAUAAGGUAAUCUGUUAGUUUUUCUUUUUCUGUGAUAUAGGUCAUCUUCUGAGAACAAAGAGAGGGUGUGGAAGAGAGAUUUGUUAAGAAUGGAGAAUGUGUGAUAAAAUUAGUUUCAGAGAAUGUGAAAGAAUGAUGAUUUGAAGAAAGCAACAGGAUUCCUAGCAGAAUUAAAGCAAUUUCAUGUUGGUGACUGUGAAUUUAUAUUGCAGUAAAUCUGAUCUGUUCUAAAAAGGACUUGGCUUCUCAGGUGUUGACAGAGAGGAACAGAUAAUUUAUCUCAUACAUAGGGUGAUUUUACUGAACAAGUGGGACCAGAAAAUGUUCAAGGAAGUUAGUGAUUGGCAGAAGAGAAUCAAGGUUGAUAAGAAAGAAGGUGAAGAAAGAAGUAUACUGAUAGAGUGGAAUGAGGUCAAAUGGGCUGCAGACAUCAAUGAGAUCAGAGCAUUUUCAUGUUGGAGAGAGAUAAAUGAGCAAUCUUGAAAGUAUAGAUAUUAAAGAGAGACACAGAAAGAUACCCAGAUUGAACUGAAGCAGUCUAAGUUUAAAAAAAGAAAAAAUGCUUAAGAGUAAGCAAAACAAAGGUAUUGUAAAAAAGCAAGAGGUAAUUUACACAGAACCAAAAUUUUGCAAGUCUCAACAGCAAAAAAUAUCCAAGACAAAUCAGAGUAAUGUCCAGUCAAGAGAAGAGCAAGUAGACUAUAUGGAACUGAAGUUUCCCAGAUCUUCUCACUUUCAGCACAGAAAACAGAAAAAAGGAAAAGUGUUACAGCACCGAUCUAUAGCCUGGCAAGUGAUAACUGGGAGCCUGGGGACCUUGUGCGUGGUCUUGUUGACAACAGUGUGUGUCUUACUUGCAAACUUAUAUUCCAACAAAGAAGACCCCAACCAAAAAAUAUCACCUGUUCCCACUCUAUCUUCUAAAAAUGAUGAAUGUUCCUGUGACCUUUGUUCAACUCACUGGAUUAGAUUUGGAAGUAGUUAUUAUCAUCUUUCGAGUAAAACCAAAACCUGGAUGGAGAGCCAUGCUGCCUGUGAAGAGCUAAAUACCCACCUUCUAAAGAUCGAUAUCAAGGGAGAGCUGGAAAUUUUAUCAAUGCUUGAAGCAAAAGGAUGGAUAGGUCUCAAAAUCAAUGAAACCAGUGAAUCCUGGUUAUGGGAAGAUGGCAGCACAGUAAUUGAAAACCUAUUUGAAUUCCUGAAAAUGGAGAAAGAUGGUUGUGCAUAUAUUGAAGGAAAUUAUGUUUAUACUGCUAACUGUUCAUCUAGGAAAAAUUACGUGUGUGAGUUUACUGUAUAGCAGCUCAAUUUUGCUAAUACAAGUUGUUGCUGCUGCUGCUGCUGCUAAGUCACUUCAGUCGUGUCCAACUCUGUGCGACCCCAUAGACGGCAGCCCACCAGGCUCCGGCGUCCCCUGGAUUCUCCAGGCAAGAACACUGGAGUGGGUUGCCAUCUCCUUCUCCAAUACAAGUUGUUAGUGAAUCCUAAUUAAUUAAAGAGCAUAAAAUAUGUUGCUGCUUUUAUAAAAUUUUAUUAGUUAUUAGUUAAACGUUUUUUUACUGCAUGCAGAAUACUUCAGUUACAUUUCCAAAUUUUAAAUGUACUCAAAGUGAGGAAAAUUUACCACCCAUAAAUUCCUUGGGAGUGAGUAGUCUCCUUAUGAGCGCUCAUAUUAGUAAUUAUUUAUGUAAUAAAGUUAGCAAACAUCCUUUAUGAACUAAAAAAAUUGUAAAAAUUAGGGAUAUAAAACUAAAAAAUCUUCUACUUAUAUCAGUUAGGGUUCUGGCAUGAAAUAGACAUUUAAGAUUGUUGUAGAGGUUUACAGUGGUAAACCACAUUGGUGAGGUUUAAUGGAAAAACAAGAAAUAGCAAGAUUUAUAAACCUUUGUCUGUCCAGUCUUGGAGGCAAACCAGUAUGCUUAUGUUCAUGCAUACUCCUUAAGAACAAAGCCCAGGCUUCCCACAGCCCUUCCAUCUGUUUUAGUAGUCUUACAAUCAGUCACAGGUACUUGUCUCCCCCGCAUAGGACUCCAGACUGUGACACCCAAUCCAUGGCUUGACCCAUUCAAUCCCAAGAGUGGGUCUCCAUCAGUAUAAUCUCUCUUUCCUCUGAGUCCCCUCCAAGGGGCACCAGUCCUGACCCAAUCACUCCUCUUCCCUUUCUACUUGAUUAUUUGUGCAUCUUUCUUACAGUUUCGGUUAAACAGGAGUCCUUUUGCCAGUUUCCAGUUAGGUUUCAGUGAGAAUUGUUCCACAUGUGGAUAUAUUUUUGACAUGUUGUGAAGGAGUAGGUGAGCUUUAUGUCCUUUUACUCCAUCAUAUUGAUCUGAACUUCCUUUAUUCAAUUUACAUAUAGCAUUCCUAUCUUUUGACCUGCAGUUUCUGUUGAAAAGCCAAAUGAUAGUCUUGUGGGAGUUCCUUUGUACAUUGUACUUUGCUGUGCUGUGCUUAGUCACUCAGUGUUGUCUGACUCUUUGCGAUCCCAUGGACUGUAGCCUGCCAGGCUCCUCUGUCCAUCGGGAUUCUCCAGACCAGAAUACUGGAGUAGGUAAACUUUCCCUUCUCCAGGGGAUCUUCCCAACCCAGGGACUGAACUCAGGUCUCCUGCAUUGCGGGCAGAUUCUUUACCAGCUGAGCUACCAGGGAAGCCUCUCCCUUGUACAAUACCAGUGGCUUUUCCCUUGAUGAUUUUAUUAAUAAUGUUCUCUUUUUAUUUUUAAUUAUUGCCACUAUCUUUAUAAUGUGUUUCUUUGAGGACCCCUUUGGGUUCAUAUGUUUUUGUACCGUCUGUCCUCCCAGACAGGGAUAUUUGUUUCUCGGGUUAAGGAAGUUUUCUGCUCCUAUUUCUUCAUAUGAGUUUUCUGCUACAUCUCUUACUGGUGAUCUGUAUGAAGCAAUUGUUUGUGCACUUGAUGUUGCAUAAUGUGUGUCUUAAACUGUCCUCGAUUUUUAAAAGUCUUCUCUUUUUUUUCCUUUUCUGUUCAACUUAAGUGCUUUUCUCUACUCUCUCUUCCAGACUACUGAACUGUUCAUCUGCGGCAUCUAAUCUGUUGUUGAUACCUUCAUGUGUAUUUUAAAAUUUUAGCUAUUGAAUUCUAUAGCUCUGUGUGUUUCUUCUGUUAUUUUCUAACUCUUUGUUAAAAAUACUGUGCUAAUCCUUUCUUCUCCUGAGUUCAUUGAGUAUCUCUAUAAUCAUUUUCUUGAACUCUGUCAGGUAGAUUGGUCAUAUCCACUUUACUUCUUUUUCUGUGAUUUUACCUUGCUCUUUCAUUUAGAAUAUUUUGUCUCUAUCAUUUCCUCUAAUUCUCUGUGUUCAUUUCUCUGUAUUAGGUAGCUUGGUCAUGUUUCUUGUUCUUGGAGAAGUGGUCUUAUGUAAGAGAUGUCCUAUGGGGCCAGCAGCAGACUCUUCUGGUCACCAGAGCCAUACGCUCUAGGGGUGACUCUGAGGACAGCAUAGGAUGACUACUAUGGGGACACUGAUAGGUGGGGCUGUCCUCAUAUUGUUGGUUACAUUUGCAGCAAACAUUUUUACAUGUUGUCACUUUUUUCCCCCACUUUUUAAGUAGUAUCUUUUUGACAGACACAAAGACUUUAUUCCACAGUUUUACUGAGAUAUAAUCAACAUGCAACAUUGUGUAAGUCAAGCAUGUUGAUUUGACACAUUUCUAUUGCAAAAUGACUGUCAUCAUUGCAUUACCUAGCACGUCUGUCCUAUCAGAGACAUACAUUUCUUUUUUGUGAUGAAAACUUUCAAGAUCUAAUUUAUUAGAAACUUCCAAGUAUAUAGUACAAUAUUAUUAUCUUAUUCAUCAUCAGAUCAGAUCAGAUCAGUCGUUCAGUCGUGUCCGACUCUUUGUGACCCCAUGAAUCGCAGCACGUCAGGCCUCCCUGUCCAUCACCAACUCCCGGAGUUCACUGAGACUCAC